UCUAUCCAUGUAGAGGUGUUACGAACGAAUUUACAAGCGAUGCAUAAUCCUAUUUUAUCCAAUUUCGUGCUACGACUGUCUCAAAGUAGAAUUUGGACGAUAUUAUACUUUCUGUCAUUCUACAGUGUUUGUAAUAAAAGUGUGUUAUACGAAUAUACCAUUUUGAGUCCUUCCAUACGACGGACUCCGUGACAAAGGAACAUAACGUAUCUCUAUAAUUUAGUGUUUUUACACAUCGUAAAGUGCUAUAACUAGGAAUCAAACUUAAACAUUUACUUAAGUCCACAUCGGCUCCGAUCCUGGUGUCGGAUGCAUCAAUAGCGGACCUUGAGUCGCACCUGAAGAAAUGCCCCCCGUCGAAGCCAUGUCUGCGGCCGGUGGACUCGUCCAGCUGCUCGCUCAUGGGCUCCCCGAAGUGCCGGCGGGGGUGCCCCAGCAGGUGUGUUCCGAUGCAGGUGCCACUGCUCGCCAACAAGAUCAACUACGUUGAGGAGUUAUAUGUCAAUAAGAAAGUCAAGCAUGGUUCCAUUGUCCCGCUAGGUCGAUGCAUCAGGCAGCCGGAGUGUCCCGGGAGACGCGAGCCUCCGAAGCCAACCUGCUCUUCAGCCAUUAUGACGAAGAUAGAAAAAGAGGUGAUGAAUAGAGCAUGCGGCGGAAUUGUAAAGGACAGUACCGCCACGUGCAGCCUGGUGGACAGCGCGAGUCCGACUUGCGAUGCCGCGGACCGCGCCGAGUACUACUACAACAAACUGCUCUCCGCACAACAAAUUUUGGAGAACAGAGAAGAGACGAUCCGCGUGCAGGCGGGCAGCCUGGCCGUGGCCGAGGCGCGCAUCGCCACGUUCAGCGAGCGCGCCGCCGACCUGCGCCGGGAACUCGACAGGAAGGCCAAGGAGUGUCAAAAUCUCCGCAAAUCUUUGGAAGCUUGCAAAGUUGAAAAGUGUGACGCCUGUAUAAUCACAGAUAAACAGAUGGGGCAUCAGUAUGACAUAGUCAGCACGUUGCAGGACAAUUUAAGUGUCAUCGAGGAACUUUACAGAGAAUGUUUCUAUGAGACGGCAAAGCAAGAAGACCUGAUAGAAAUGCUCCGCAAAUCGUACCUGGAUGUGCGGCUGAUGGACAAACAGAAAGCGGACCAGAUCGGACGGCUGCAGACCGUCAUCAACACGCAGAAAUGGUCCCUGGAUAGGUGUCAGGACAUCGCCUUAGAAGUGGAUAAUCUGAAGAUGGAAAUAUCAAACUUCCUUCACAGUUCCACAUCAACCAACAAUGACUCGGGUAUGUGGGAGCGCAGCGAGGACUCGUUCGUGUCGGCGCCGGGCGUGCAGGACGACCUGCAGGACAUCGUGGACCAGCUCCUGCGGCUGCAGGACAUUCUUAAUACCGACUGCACUUGUGGUUUAGAAGAGGAAAAUAAGAAGUUAAAACGGGAAAUCGAGUCACAAAAGUCUAAAAUAGAAGAGCUUAAUGCUAUGAUAUGUGGGCUGGAGUGCACCCUCGCGGCGAAGGAUGAAGCCGAUCAGAAGUACAAGAAAGACAUAGAGGUGAAGGAAGAGGAGUGUACAUGUUUAAAACAACAACUAGAGGCUUUAGAAGAACGAUGCAAGGAAAAGAAAAAUAAAUGUGAAGCUCUCACCGCGCAGCUGCAGUGUAUGGAAGAGAAACUGCAAGACAAUAUGACAGAGAUGUUACAGCUGCAGAAGCAGAACGAAUGUCAAGCCAACAGCAUCAAGGAACUUAGUGAGGAACUGGAGAAGGCCAAUCAAUUGAUUAAGGAGAACUGCAAAGUUCGCAGCGAGGUGUCGUUCCUGACGGCGCAGGUAGCGCUGUGGCGCGCGCAGCUGACGGACAGCGAGCAGCGUGUGCAGCAGCUGGAAGCCGACCUGGCCUGCGCCAGGGGACACUGCGAGCACAUCGAGGCUUGCUACAGGUGCACGGGUUUGCCUUGCUAACUUCGAUCUGUGUGUUUCCUUGCAUGUGGAGUAUCAUUCACGGACGUAGCCACAGUGGAGCAAGCUGGGACUCCUGCCUCACCCUGGCUCAGACCUGUAAAGUUGGCUGAUGCUCCACUCAGAGCCCGUGGUUUUCUACGCCCAUGAUAUUAUUGUUAGCGCAAAUUCAGAUUAGUGGCUACUGGAUGCCUCUCGACGCUUUAUCCCCGAUGAUCAGUCCUGAUACGAUUCGAAACUUGCGAUAUUUUUCAUUCAGCACUCAAAACAAGUAUUCCUUACUUCUUCACGUCGAGCAGACGGGCAAAGAAGCUGGACCAGCGCCAACCUCACGACCCGCGGUGACUUCAAACCGCAGACACUAGCGCACACUUAUCGUGAUAUCAGAAACUACCUUACAUAAAAGACGAUCGUUCUGUCUCACAUAUACGACUGAAGGAGUUACCAAAAUGAUAUCAUAUUAUUAUGGGGUAAGUAUAUUAUAAGUAACGUGUCUCG